UAUCUGUAUCGGGAAGUAUCAGUCAGAUACAUUUGGAAGUAAAUUCCAAGAUGGGAAAUAUGAACUUAUAGUUUCAUUUUUUCCGGAAUAUAUAUAUAUGAUGAUAUGUAUUGUUAAGCGGAAAGAUAGCUUGUUUUCUGGCUAGCCUUGUCUGUCCUUUUAAACAAAUGGAAUUUGAUAUCCGGCAUACCUGGGACAGCGACCCUGUGGAUCAUGAACCCAUCAGGAUUGUCUUCUCUCCUGGGGAAGGAGGGCUGAACAUGGAGGUGUUUGGUCCAUUCUUCAAUGACCCAGCGUCUCCUGCGGGGCCCCCCGGUCAGCCCUUCCCUGGACUCUGGGAUUACGAAGUCGUGGAGUCUUUCUUCCUUGAUAGUACUACAAAUAAUUACCUGGAAGUGGAGCUUUGCCCACACGGACAACACCUGAUACUGUUAUUGUCAGGAGUCGGCCAAGCAUUCAUGCAACAACUGCCCAUCGUGUUUAAUGCCACAACCAUAAAGGACAGGUGGAUGGGAGAGGCUCUCCUUCCAUGGCCGUACUUUCCUCCCAAUGUCAACAAGAUGAACUCGUACGCCAUCCAUGGCUCAGGAGAGAAGCGCACUUAUGAGGCUCUCUACUCCAUCCCCAAGGAGGAGAUAGUGGAAGGCCAAAAGCCAAAUUUCCACCGCCUGGAGUAUUUCCAAGAUUUCCGCCUGCAGAGCAUCAUGGGAGAGGACUGGGUCCAACCAGAAUCUGCUCUGUGGAAGGGAAAGCCUUGAGGUUUUUCAGAAGGACUCCUUUUCUCUUUCUAUGUCUCUCUUGCACACACAGACACACAAACUCACCAGAGCGGCAGCAGGGCAACGGUACAAACAGUCUUUGACAGGGAACAAAGGGCAAUCAAUCUUUAUUAGUUAAUGAUGUCAAACCGUAUGACAAGAAAUAUGUUAUCAGCUUGUCAGAGCGUAUUAGCCUUCACACACAUCUGUGCGAGCGUGCAGACACACACAUCACAAGAUAUUGGACGUCACCUUGGAUUGCCUGAACACAGUGUGACCUACAGCGCUUAUACUGUGCUUGGUGGCAAGGAAUGCUCAUUUUGACGUUUUGCUCCUGUGUAGCCUGAACGCCUCACUUCACUGAGAUAACCCCCAGCAAGACCUGAUUUUUGGCCCAGAUUGUUAUUACUCACGAUCAUAGACACACAAGUGAUGGAAAAAAUCUGUUUUUCAGGAAGAAUAUGUCAGAGCUUUUGGAUUAAUGCUGAGUGUAAGUAGGUCCUCAUGUAAUCAUUUAACUGCUUUCACUGAAAUCAUUUUACAGUUAAAUAUGUUUGCAUAUUAACUGAAUUGGACUGGAGGUUUUUCUGUGCAGUUGUAUGACAAAUGUCACUUUGAUUGUAAUUAUGAUGUGUGAUAAUGUUUCAGUUCCAUGUCUGUCUAUUAAAAUAAUUAUCAGACAUUU